CCGCCCCGCGGGAGGACAGGGCGCCCGGGACGCUCCGCUCCCUCCGCGGGAGGCGGCGGCGCGGGCGGGGCGGCCCGAUCACCUCAGCGGGAGCGGCCGCGGGGGACGAGCUCUCAGUGGGCGCCGCAGGUGCCUGCUGCCUGCGAAUCCCGGCCAGCCCCCGAGGGGCGGGCGGGCGAGCGAGCUCCUGGGCGCCCUCCGCCGCGGGCAGUGGGCGGGCGCGGCGGCGGCGGUUCCACCACCACCAGAACCACCUGUGGCGGCGGGAUGGCGGAGCUCGACAUCAGCCCGGCGGCCGUGCUGGGCUUCCUGCAGGAGCGCGGCGGGCGGGUGCGCAACGCCGAGCUGGUGAGCGCUUUCCGGCCGCUGAUGGAGGCCGGCGGGGACGCGGCGGCGCGGGCGGAGCGGCGGGAGCGGUUCAAGGCGGCGGUGAACGCCGUGGCCGUGGUGAAGGAGCGCGACGGCACCAAGUUCGUGGUGCUGCGGCGGGAGCUGCGCCCCGCCCCGCCGCCGGGGGGCGCGCUGGCGCCGGGGGGCGCGGGCGGCGGCCCCGGCCCGGGCCCAGGCGGACGCCUGUCGCCCGCCCCUGCCGAGGAGCCGCCGGCGCCGCGGGCCGUCUCCGAGCUGCGGGGCCUCUUCCAGGGCGGCAGCGGCGGGGUGCCCUUGCCCGCGGGCACUGGGGAGUGCCGGCGGGAGCCGCUUCCCAAGCCCUGCAUGCUGCCGGUGCGCUGCGUGCCGCCCCCUGCUGCCGCCACCGUCCCGGGGCCGCCCGAGGAGCCGGGGUCCCCCUUGUCGCCCCCGUCGCUGGAGGAGGAGGUCGGGUCCCGCUCGCCCGGCCUGCGACGGGGUCCCAAGAACCAUCGUGCCAGCGAGGAGACUGCGGCGGUGCCGCUGGAGGAGGCCGAGCACCAGUGGCUGGUGAUGGCGGCCGGCGGGCAGUGGACCCAGCAACUCCACGGGCUGCUGCUGGGUGACGCCAGCUUGGCGGCCCGGAGGGACUUCAUCUCAGGCUUCACCGCCCUACACUGGGCCGCCAAGAAUGGCAACUGUGACAUGGUGACAAAUAUCAUCAGAGCUGCUGAGAAGGGGGGGGCCCGUGUCAAUGUGGAUGCCAGGUCGCAUGGCGGCUACACGGCACUUCAUCUGGCUGCCAUACACGGCCAAGAGAAGAUCAUCACCAUGCUGGUCUACAGCUACCAUGCCAAGAUUGACCUGAGAGACUACAGCGGGAAGAAGCCACACCAGUACUUGAAGGAAGGGGCUUCCUCUGCAGUCAGGCGCUUGCUGGGGGACCCCAGUCUCCCCCACAACACAGAGCCUUCCAUGCCUAUCAAGAAGUCCACAAAGCUGGCAGCUUCCAUCUUGAGCUCCACUAGUACUUUCCUGGGGGUCAUAUCCGAUGACAUGGCUUUCUAUGAUCUCACCAAAGGUUUAAGGAAGCCUUCAUCCUUAAACAAGCUCCUGGCCGCCACCACAGGGCCAAGGAGGAAACCAAAGACUAGAGGGGGCUUCCCUUCGUAUUCCUCCCUCUCCGAGGUAAUGGAGGAGGAGGAAGAGGAGGUCGUUGUGAAACGCAGACCUGUUUCUGAGCUAUUCUUUGGCCACUAGACUCUCCCUUCUUGGGAUCAAAAAUGUUUAAUAAUGUGACUGGGGUCUCAAUUUUCUCUCGUGUAAGCAGCUUGGAUUUCUUCUCUUUGUGUCUGUCUUUUUGGAUGUUCAACUAAAUUGGUGAUAGGGUCUGGCUCCAAAGGCCAGUGGAUGAAACCCAGCUCACAGACACCUGUGGAAAGGGAAGAUCCCAAAUGCUGCAUGUACUGUCCUGCUGAGAUUUUGGUGGAGACCGUCAAAUUUUAGUUGAAGAACUAAAACAACCUCUGUGUGUGUGGACAGGUUAAAAUGCUUCAGGCACAGCCUUCUUGAUCUGUGUUUCUCUUCUGGAGGGCAAAAGUAAGGUAAAGAAUUGGAUAUUCUACACUGUGAACAGCAAGCUGGUAGCUGGCUAACACAGCUUGUUGUAUAGCGGGCUUAAAUUCUCCGAGGGAAGAUGCAUAGUUUUCUAUGACGUUUCUGAUUAUUUUGGUAACAGAAGAGGACUAUUUCUAUUGAAAAAAAAAGUGUACUUUUUGGAAACAAAAUUUCUUACUGUCAGAAAUACUAACAUAACCAUCUCAGUUGUUGCCUAACGCAUUUUAGUAGGUGAGCAACUUUAAAAAUAUAACCCCCCAGCCCUCAGCACACAAGUCACCUGCCUACCUCAGUUUGAAAGCUAAGUUAGCAUUUGAAGCUUUUUAUCUCUUCCCGACAGACUUUUUGACCAGGUGGUGCAAACCAUGUCUUGAUGAUACUGUGAACAUUUAAACUUGACUAUACUUCAGUCAAUUUGAAUGAAAACCUUGUUGACACCCGAUAGUGGAAAACUGGACGGAAAAAAAAGUGGGAAUCGGAUCCUGCAGAGUUUCUGAGUAGCCAGCUGGAAACCAAGUUAGGCUUGUACAUCUGAGUCUUUUUAUUUAAAACCUGGCCUUUGAAUCGGACAGGCUUACAAGAAAUAUUUAUUACAAUCAGGCUUUUUGUUAUGUUAGGUGUUUUAUGAUAGAAUGUCUGCAUGACCUCUCAGAGCAAUGUUUAUCUCUACAGCAUGAAUCACUGACCGAAAACUAACCCUUCUUCUUCUUACAUAUUCUAAACAGAAUUGUUCUACAUACAGAACUACACGUAGCUCCAACAAGCAUGCUAACUGCAGGUUAAGUAAUACAGUUGCAGUGAGGUGAUUAUUUUUUUAAUUACUGUUUGGUUAAAGUUAAUGUGAAGAGGCAGAGCUAAGAAUAGAAGCUGCCCGACUCCUGGGGCCAGCCUGCUAAGCCAUCACGUUUGCUCUAAAACUGUAACUAAAACCCCAGUACAAUUCAGAGGGGACAAAGGUGACAGCAAUACUGCCCUUGCUCUGCUUGUCAGCCCCUCAGGUGUUUCUGCACUUGUUUGCAUGCUUUGCCUUUCUUUCCUGAGUCAGUGACUUCAAGAAUGGUGGGGGUUUUUUUUCAGCCUUGAAUUAAGCCUAGUACUUCUAAUUGGCUGUAAUGGGCUUCUCCCAGGCGCUUGGCCUGGAGUGCUGUAGGACUGUGCUGAAGGUGGACACGCCACCUUCUUGUACUUCAAAACCUUCUUCCUGGAGUCAGUGACGCUGGUUGCGAGCGUAAAUCAGCGAUUGCAGAAGGGUCUGCUCCACCUGCUCUCAGAAGAGGCUGGAUUAUUCUGCACCGGUCUGCUUCCGUAUUGAACUAAUUAAGUUGUUAAGCAAACGUUAAUGAUCAAGCACCUCAUGACUUCUAUAUCUGGAGUAGGGUUUAAAAAAAAAUAAAAUCCUAUUUGCUCCA